AUGAAAAAUACUAUAGCUGGAUAUUUUCCAUUAAAAUUUAAAUUACCUAAUCCGGAAGAUGAGAUUAUACAAAUUAAUCAAGAAUGUAAAUUUGUUAUUAGAAGAAACGAACAUAUACCAACGAGUACAUUAAGAGUUGGAUUGUAUUCAUUAAAAUUUCUUGAAAAAAUAUUUAAUAGUUACCCAGAAAAAAGUCUAAAUAAAACCACAAAAGUUAUACUUGAAAACGGAUUGUUAAAAAUAUCAUCUCCAUUUAAUAUUGGGAUUGAUUCAUAUUUAUCUGAUUGUCUAG